AUUUAUUAAGUAAAUUUUGUUGUACGGGUUUUGAUGUUCUUUGCAUACAGGAAAAAGACAAACCUAAGAGUAAACAUAUAAAAUCUAUGUUUGGUUCCGAAAAUUAAUAACAUGUCAUAUACUAAUUCAAUUGUUUUUAAAAUAAAUUAUACAAUUUAAGAGUUAUUUUAAGAGAUUUAACGCAAAUAACAUGAAUUGGAAUUUUUUAAUUUCAUGGUAAAAUAGAUUGAAAAGGAAAUCAAAGUUUCAAGCGUGAGUAAGAGUAAAAGAGAAAAUUAAAUACAUAAAAUAUAAGAACUAUCAUAGUCGAAUUUUCUUGUCAUUACUUUAAUUUAUUUAGGCUUUGUGGUUAUUGAUCCGUAAUUGCACUUUCAUAUAGGUUUAUCUGUUUUAGAUUUUAAUUAAGAAUAUCUAAAGUUAUAGUCGCAAAAAUAAAAAGAUAAUCUAUAAAAUCUGUUUAUUUACACCAGUUUUAAGGGAAUUAAUAUUAGUAGAUCAUAAAGGAAAAGGAAACAACUGCAGGAUGCAAAUCACUAAAUCAGUUACGUAGAACCAUUAUAAAAAAAAAGGAAAUCAAUAAUAUGCAAAACAAAACUAGAAAAAGAAAAUCCAAAGUAGAUAAGGUCCAUCCUAUGGUUGUAUCUCUCUCAUAUAUGAAAAACGGAAUAACGGACCUAAGCAUAACAAUAUUAGGAAUUAAUCAAAUUAUUUAGUAUAUCUUAUUGGUUAGAUAAAUAUAAAAAUCUUCAAAUUCUCAAAGGGAAAAGGUUAUAUGCUCAAACGAUACCUCGAGCCCUAUAUAAACAUCUCAGCGCCUCUCAACUUCUAACCAAACAAACUUACAACUUCAUAUAUCUCUUCCAAACUUGCUUAGCCUGCAUAAUUCUCAUUCCAAAUAAAGAAGAACAAAACAUCGAUCAUGGCUUUGAUCAAGAACGGAUCCUUAUUCACUUCUUUGAUGAUUUUUGUGGCACUCUUUGGAGUUGCAGUUGGAGGCACCGUUCACAAUGUCGGAGACUCAAAAGGAUGGACCAUGAUGGGCGUUGAUUACGAGGCAUGGGCUUCUUCAAGAACUUUUCAAGUCGGAGACUCUUUGGUCUUCGUAUACAGCAAAGACUACCAUGAUGUCAACGAAGUCACUCCCAACAAUUUCGAGCUGUGUGAACCAUCUAAUCCAUUAGAAAGAUACGAAACCGGGUCCGACACGGUCACUCUAACAAACCCAGGAGUCCACAACUUUAUAUGCGGAGUUCCUGGUCACUGCGACAUCGGACAAAAGCUUCAAAUAGUAGUGUUACCAGCCUCGUUGGGUCCUGUUGCAGCUCCUGUUCCUAGACCAGUCCGAUCACCAAGCUCAUUCUCGUCUCUUUCACCGUCUCCGUCGGCUGAUUCACCGGUUAAUAAUGGUCCAAGGUACCAGAUGGGGCCAGCACCAGCUCCACAUAGUGCAGCUUCGGAUUCUAGUGCGUGGAUGGGAUUCUACUCACUAAUUUCUUUCUUUUCUCUUUUCAUCUUAGUUUGAUACACAAGCGAAUUGUUGCCUUUUGGUUCUACUUCUUAAUGUUUAGUUUUUACCUUUGAGAAGUUUGAGUUGCCCUUAUCUUGUUUCUUCUUCCCUUUCAUUGUUUUGUAUUACUUAAAAUAAUAAAUUUAAUCAAUUUCGUUUUGAUCUCCUUGUGAACUUAAAUUAUGUACUUCUUGCACGGUUUUUUUUAAAUUUAUAAAUUUGUAAAAUAAUACUCCCUCUGUUCUUAAAUAUAAGAUGUUUAAAAAAAUAUUUAUAUUCCAAUAUGUAAAACGUUCUUGUAUUUUUAAGUAACUUUAACUUUAUCAAAAUCGGUGUAACUAAUCAAAUUAAAUAAUUUUAUUUUAUAAUGGUUAAAUAGUUUUAAAUUUAUAACUUUAAUAAUACAUUUAAGAUAAAAAGUAGUUUUCUUAAUAAGUUUGUUUUAUCUAAAAACAUCUUAUAUUUAAGAAUAGAGAGAGAGUAAAUAACAGUUUCCCUGUAUAUCAAAUUAACAUACAAUCUAUAUAUGUAUGUCAUAUUUUCAUAAUACCUAAUAAAAAUCAGUAUUAGGGGAGUCAAACAGAAAUUACGGUCAAAAGAAAAAAAAAUCUUCUCCCGAAUAAUUCAAUUUAUGUUUACAGGUGUGCCACAUUUAGUUUCUUUGCUACAAACAUUGCAUACACGGUAGAUAUGUUUAUAUACGGAGCUUGCGUUAUAUUAUAAUGUAUCCCCUUACAUAAGCGGCCAGCAGUCCAGGAGAGAAGCAAGCUACCUUUCUUUGAUCCACCUUCCCGGGCAAGAAAGACAACGAAAAGAGAGUAGCCAUAUCAUCAUCAUAAUGAAUUUUAGAAUCUUUAGAAAAAUAUGUUGGUUCAUCUAAAUAUAUAAUAAGUUUUUUAUUAAACUAACCAUAAAUUCGUUAUU